AGAAAGCUGAUCAGUUGCGAUCCAUGGAAGCCAUCUUUUGCCUUCCAUCCGCCCUUAGCGCCCCAUACAAAGGGCCGGGCCACUUCCUCCUCCACCGGCCCACCAGGAACCAUGCCCUCCUUGGCCGCAUCAGGUUUCCCCGGUCGAGACCCCGCCCUCACACCGUGUCCUUCUCCCACGUUCCACCACCGCCGCCGCGUCCGGAGGAGGACAGAGGCAGAGCAGGGCGCGCCAGACCGAGGAAAGGGGUGGCGGUUGGCGCGGCCGUGGUCGCGGCCGUAGCCUGCGCCCUGGGCGCAGUCUACAUGUCGCGCGGUGCACCAGUCGCUGGGGGGCCUGGCUCGGCGAUGGCUGAGGUCACCGCAGGAGGCGACGGGAAGAGCGUGACGAUGACGGCGGCGAACACCGGAUGCAGCCCGUGGGGCGUUGCGGACCACAAGUGCGGCGACGUGGGAACGGGAGAGCAGAGAACGCCCAAUAUGGUGCGGGAAAUCUUGUUUGGGACUUCUUGCAAGAAGCCAUGGGUGUCGUUGAUCGAUCAUGCCUUCACUGAGGUUCUUCCACCCAGCAAGCGACUCCAGCUGAUGAAGCUCAUCUAUCAACUAGAUCAAUCUACUCAGUCAAAGAAAGGACAAAAAUUAUCGGAAAUAUUUUCCUCGAACUGGCUUUCAGGAGACGAGAAACACGAAGUGGGAAUCACGUUAGCACAAGUAUACAUCGAUCUGAAAAACUAUCACAUGGCCAAAGAAGUCUGCGAGCUGAUCUACGGUGACCUUCCGAGGGAUUCAAGGCCGCCCCUUCUCAUGGCCGUCAUCCACAUGAUGCUGGCAGUGGAGACAUUGUUGUCGAUGAACACAGUAUUCGAUGAUCCGGAGGUGCAGAAAUUGAUCGACAGUACGAAGAACUAUUGGAAAGAGUACAAAGACUUAGAAAGCAAGGGCUUGGGGAGCGAGCCACCUGAAACAGAAAAGGAAAAUGCAUCCAUCAGCAACCCAAGACAAGACGGUAUGCAUUAUGAGAAUACUGAGGUCAUCAGUAGAAAUCGUACCGUGAUGAAGUCAGAAGUCUAAAUAAGCUUUAGUCUGACACAGUAUCUUAAGGAAACUAUUAAUUUGCUCGUCUCUUUUGGUUCUCA